GCCGGGGCCGGCGAGAGGGCGGAAAUAGCACGGCGAGGGGCGCUCCUGGGCACAUAAUGGCGAGACAGGGGCGCGUAUCCCGGGCAAGUGCGCUGUCUGCGGGUCUCGGAGGGUCGGCACAGCCGCAGGCGCUGCGGAAGCAGCAGUCGCAGGGCCCUUCACGGCCCGGACAGCGCAGCAAAGAAAAGAAGAAAGUGAAUUGCAAGCCCAAGAACCAGGAUGAGCAAGAAAUCCCUUUCCGGCUCCGAGAGAUUAUGAGGAGCCGACAGGAGAUGAAAAAGCCGCUAAGCAACAAGAAGAGGAAAAAGGAGGGGUUUCUCUGUGUGGCUUUAGCUGUCUUAGACUCACUUUGUAAACCAGGCUGGCCCGGAAUUUCCAAAGAGCAGCCUGCCUCCGCCUCCCAGAGUGCUGGGAUCACAGGUGUGCGCCAUGCCUGGCUGGAGUACACAUUCCUAGUGCCUGUGCUUCCCAGCUGCACUGUUGUGUUUUUGUUUGCCCAGGUGGCGUUCAAGAAGACAUUGGAAAGGGAAGCAAAGGGAGAGGAGCCCGACCUCGUUGUCCCCAUGUUCAGGCAAAGGAAGGGCGAGUCUGAUGGGGCCUACAUCCAGCGCAUGGAGCAGGAGGCCCAGCAUGUGCUAUUUCUCAGCAAGAACCAGGCCUCUCGGCAGCCAGAGGUGCAGGCAGCUCCCGGGAAGAAGUCUGAGCGGAAGAAAGCGUUCCAGAAGCGGCGACUUGAAAAGGCCCAGAAGAAAAGGGAGGCCAGAGCAGUGGAGAGACUGGAGCAGGAGUUGCUAAAAGAUCCUGUCAAGUUUGGAGAAGUUGUGCUGCAGCCCCCAGAGCUGACAGUCCAACCUAGGAGGAGCACAAACAGAGACACGCCUGGCAAGAAAUUGCUAAUGCUGAAGAUGCUUUUGGGCCCUGGUGGUGUGUCCUCGACUCCAGCCACUUCACUGGCCCGCCAGCGGAUCCUUGGGGAGGAGCGGGAGCGGGCUGUGCAGGCUUACAGAGCCCUGAAGAAGCUGCAGCGGCAGGAAGUGACACCUGGACAGCCCCCCAGCAGCUCUUUCCAGAGGACACUCCAGGCUUGUCUGUGAUGCAGAGACCCCGCUGUCCAAGGCCCUUAGAUGCUGGCCUGGGAGGGCUAGACCCGGAUGAGGGAGAGACAGCAGAUGCUUGGUUUGGAUAGGGACCUGAGUGUAAGCUUUCAGUAUGCAGGCCAGGGUGACUUUCUCUUCCUCUAAGGGUUGUGCCUUUAAGAGUGACCAGUGAGUCUCAUACAGGGUAAAUCUCCAGCACUUGCCUGAGACAUCUGGGAGGGCUGGUGUUUUCCUGAGCCUGGCUUCAUUCUGAAACAAGUCUCAGCUGGUACUAGCGGACCACCUCAAAAGGACUCAAUCCUUAAUCCAGCUGAUCACUGAGGCUGCUGGUGUAAGUCAGCCUGUUGUCUUAAGAGGCUUCCGUGGGCUCAGUACAACCACUGCAAGGCAGGGACAGGGCAAAGCAGGUUAGCAGGACAGGGAAAGAGCAGAUUUACCCAGGGCAGGCUGGGCCUGGCAGUCAGCACGUUAUUUGCCUGCAGGGGUCUGGCCAGAACCUCUGCCCAGGUUUGGUUUGGAUAGAGAUGGGUUGUCAGUGCUGCCUGAGUACCCUGAAGUAUGAACAUGAAAACCCAGUUCCCAUGGAAGGAAGAGUGGAGUAUUUAUACCAAGAAUGCAGAGGCAGAAGAAUCUGGAGUUCAGAGCCACUCUGUGACUUACAGCAAGUGUGAGGCAGCCGGAACUACAUGAGAUAGUGUCACAAAAACUUUAAACAUCUAGAGCUAAGCUUGGACCCUGCUGUGGAAGCCCAUAGUCCUCUGGUGGAUCUGUGGAACUUUGCUCUAGCAAAGCUGGUCCUGGAGCCCAAGGGGAGUCCUUCCAAAUGUGCAUUUUCCAGAGUGAGGGUUAUUAAUGUUUUGCUCUUUGAAGUCUGGGCCAUUGUUCUCUGAUACACUCAUUCACAGCUCCGGUCAGUGCACAUCAGUGUGACUGGGCAUGAGUGCUUACACAGACACCCAACAGUAGUAAGGCUCAGAGAUGAGCAAGUUGGCUGCAUUGGCCACUUGAUUUUCCACUAUACAUUAGGAGAAGGGCCAGUGCCUAGUCACUGCUAUCAGGUGUAGGCUUUUGAGUUCUUUCCAGAAGCAAUGUAACCAUCCAGCUAACGCAGGGUGGCCAGCUCCGUAGCCAACUGUGAACUGCAUUAAAGAACUCUAAUUGCCCUAA